AUGGCUUCUGCAGAAUCUGAUUCAGAAGAAGAGUUUAGUAAGGAGGAGAGUGACAGUGACAAUUUUGAUUCUGACCUGAGUGAGGGGACUGACUGUUUCCUAGAAGAUCUGUCCUCACUACUGGACCAGCAGGAGGAACCAAAUAAUGAUAAAAGCCAUGGUAGCUUUUUAGAAGUUGUGAAUACAGAGGAUGGAAAUUACACAGUUUGUAAGGAAGAUUCAAAAAUGCCUGAAGACAGCAGUCCCCAGGACCCACGAACUUUGUGGAUAUAUCAUGGAUAUAGCCAACUUGUCACUACAAAUAUGAGAAUAGCUACUGAUUAUAGCUUAAGUCUUCAGCACACUCCCAGGUAUUCCAGCAUAUUGAAUGACUUUGUAGAAUCUGAAUUUUUUGUAAUUGAUGGGGAUUCACUACUUGUCAGAUGUUUAUGCACCCAAGGACCAUUUCUGUCCUUUAUCUACACUGCUGAAUGUUUUCUGAAUGAUUUCAUUCAAAAGGGAGCAAGAUUUAUAAUUGUAUUCUUCAAGGAUGCAGAACAGAUGUAUUUCAGUCAACCUUAUCUGCUGUUCUUACGUACUAUGCUAAUUCAACACUUGGAAAACAACACUGACAUUAUUCUUCAUACAGAGUUUUCCAACUGUUUGUCACCAGAAUGGCAGAGUUUUCUCAACGAAAGCUGUCCAUAUUUUAUGAUAAUUUCUGACAUGGGAAUGACCUCUAUCCAGACAGACUACCUGAACAUAUUCCUCAGCCAUUCUUUGUCAAAGAAAAUCAAUGUGGUUCUUGCAUUUGGAGAGGGCUCUGACAUUCUUAGAGUUUAUGCUUAUCAUGUUCAGAGCAUGUAUGAACACAGAGAAUUUUUCAUGUUGGUAUGUUACAACACAUCUUUUAAAAAUCAGGACGCAAUAGAAGAAUUAACAAUGGAAGAAGCAGCAGAUCUUUGUAGAAUUCAGUGCCUCAGUGUGGCUUUUCUUUGUAAUUUGCCACUACAACGGGCUGCAGGUGUGAUUCAUCAAAUCCUGCUGGACUUUACAAGUCCGCCCAUUUGUACAGAUGUGCCUACUCUCUACCAGCAACCUUUGGAGUUCACGCAGUCACGCCACCCAAAGUCAAAUUUACAAAGAUGCGACUAUCUCGUUCUGAAAUAUCUGAACUUUGAAGAUGACUGGAAACUGGAUUUCACAUAUUUACCAGACUUGCGAGACAACUUUCUGUGGAAGAAUCUUGUGUACCACUAUGAAUCAGAAUACUGUGCAGGCUUAAAGUUAGAACUGGGAAAAGAAAUUGAAAAAGAUUAUCGAUAUCUAUGGAAUACUGCCACGACAAUAGUUGAUCUGUGUGAUCUUGGAGAUGCUUUUCCAGUGCGAAACACAUCAAAACUGUUGCUUCAACAGAGCGAAAUCACAGCUAAAGAAUGUUCAGAUGUUCCCAGUUUUGGGCUCAUUCCAGUUAAAUCAGAUAUUGUGGAAGACUACAUUGGAACCAUUUUGGAAGAUCUAAGUUUCUUACGCAGCAAUGAGUCUACAGUGACAGUACUGCCUAAACACAAAGAAUUUGAUGAAUUGCUUCACUGGCAUUCAAACAGAUCUCUUAGUGAUGAUUAUGACAGAACAAAAUGUAGUUUCGAGGCCAAAACUAAUGAUCGAGAUCAAAGAAAACAAGUACAAAAGCUUCAGUCUUAUUAUCAGCUUUAUGGAAAAUCAUUGGAAGGUGACAUAUCACAAACAGUUGUAAACCUGGAGGAUGUGACACUGUCUACCAAAGCUGCUAUCAAAAAGCUGAAGAAAUCACAAAGAAGUAGUAAAGCAGAGAAAAUUGCAGAGGACAACAAGAAGAGACAGAAAACUAAACAAGAAAAGAAAGACAGUGAUCAGUGGCAUGCCUUAGAAAAAUCAAUUGAAAAGGACAUAAAAACUAAUUUGACAUCUGGAAUGAAGAGAUUUGAGAUGUUUUUGAAGACAUGUCAGAGUAACUCAGUGAAAUUUAUUGCAGAAAUGGCAGGACUUAAUUUCUGCUUAGAAGUGUGGAAGGAACACUGCAGAAGUCAAGGCUUAGGACCUAAAGAUUUAAACGUAGCUGUUCAGGUGAUGAAAAGGAUUCAUAUGAUUUUGGACAAACACCAUGAAUUCUUACACAAGUCACAUUUAAAUACAUUGGCCAGAGGUAUGCAAUGCCUGGGGUUUGAAAAGCUGGCUACUUCUUUGAACAGCCAGGUAAAUUACUUUGAUUCUGCACUAGUGGAAUCCAGCAAUGAGAAGCUUGCCAAGUAUUCAGUUGGCAUUGGAGCAGCUCGAUUUCAGCUGCAGUAUAUGGGGCACUACUUGUUCAGAGAUGAGAGGACUGAUCCAGAUCUCAGAGUACAACAUUUUAUACCAGACACAUGGCAGCGAGAGCUUUUGGAUGUGGUAGACAAUAAUGAGUCCGCAGUCAUUGUUGCUCCUACUUCAUCAGGAAAAACCUAUGCAUCUUACUACUGCAUGGAGAAAAUCUUAAGACAGAGCAAUGAGGGAGUCGUUGUGUAUGUUUCUCCCACAAAGGCCCUUGUAAACCAAGUGGUGGCAACAAUAUAUAAUCGCUUUUCCAAAAAAUUGCCUGAUGGAUUAGUGGUGUGUGGAGUAUUUACAAGGGAUUAUCGCCAUGAUGUCUUGAAUUGCCAGAUACUUGUGACAGUACCUCAGUGUUUGGAAAUCUUGGUGUUGUCCCCUCAUCGCCAAGCAUGGGUAAAAAGGAUCAAAUACGUUAUAUUUGAUGAGGUCCAUUGCCUUGGUGGAGAAAUUGGAGCUGAGGUUUGGGAACACCUCCUGGUUAUGAUUCGAUGCCCAUUUUUAGCUCUGUCUGCCACCAUUAGUAAUCCUAAACAUCUUACUGAAUGGUUGCAGUCAGUCAAAAAUUACUGGCGAGAGACCGAGAGCACAAUGGAUGAAACUACUGCUUCUUCUGCAGGUGUCACAAGGUGCACUAAAAAGCUGCAAAAACAACAGUCAGAGAAGAAAUCAUACAAAGUCAGAUUAGUGUUGUAUGGGGAGAGAUACAAUGACUUAGAAAAGCAUGUUUGCUCUCUGAAGGAUAAUGAUGUUGUGUUGGAUCACUAUCAUCCAUGUGCUGCAUUAACAGCCAACCAUAUUGAGAAAUAUGGAAUCCCUUUGGACAUGGCUUUUUCUCCAAGAGAGAGCAUCCAGCUGUAUGAUGCAAUGCUAAAUAGUUGGCCAGAGUGGCCCAGAGCACAUGAAUUAGAGCCUGAGGAAUAUAUUUGCUUCAAGAACAAAAUAACAAUUAAAAAGGCCGAUGUAAGGAAAUAUGAACAAGAUCUGAAGGAAGAACUUUCUGGCUGGGUUGCUGUUGGGGAAAAGGAUAAGUUGAAUCAUGUUUUGGAAUCCCUUAAACCUCAUCCUACUGACUCUUCAGAAUAUGAAAAGUUCAGAAGAUUUCCACUCUUGGUAGACAAACUGAAUGCAAUGGACAAAUUGCCAGCCAUAUUUUUCAUGUUCAACAUUCAUUCAGUAGAGGAAGCUGCUGGUAAUAUAUUCCGAAAUGUGAUAAAAAAGCAAAAAGAAAGCAGUAUGCAAAAUCCAAAUACUGAAAAAGAAGUCCAAAAUUUAAAAAAUAAGCUGAGCAAAAUGAAGAAAAAAAUACAGACAAUUGAUUCUCUUGAUCCCAAAAAGCAGACAUUAUCUAAAGUGGAAAAUGUUAUUGCAAUUCUUACUGAAUAUGAUGCCUUGAAAAAAAGACUUGCAAAAUUAACUACAGUUCCUCCAGAAUGCACCUAUGCAAACCAAAGAGCUUUGGAUGAAAUGAUUUUCAGAAAGUUACUUUUUCGAUUACGAAGAGAGAGCAGUGGUGGAUACCAAGCGAUGUUGGCAAAGAGAGGAAUUGGAUACCAUCAUUCUGCUAUGUCAUCCAAACAAAAGCAAUUUGUGGAGAUGUUAUUCAGAAUGGGAUAUAUUCGGGUUGUUACAGCAACUUCAACAUUGGCAUUAGGCAUCAAUAUGCCAUGUAAAUCAGUUGUUUUCUUGCAAGAUUCUGUCUAUCUAGAUGCUUUGAACUUCAGGCAGAUGUCUGGACGUGCUGGAAGACGAGGACAAGAUUUGAUAGGAAAUGUGUUUUUUUAUGGCAUCCCUUUGCCCAAGGUUCAAAAACUGAUGAAAUCCAAUGUGCCUGAACUUAGAGGCCAGUUCCCUUUGAGCAUCACUCUGGUACUGAGACUCAUGCUACUGACUGCAAAAGCUGAAGAUAAAGCAGAUGCCAAAGCAAAGGUAUUGUCAGUGUUGAACCACUCACUGUUAUCAUUCAGUCAGCAAAGAAACAAGGACAUAUUGAAAAUAUAUUUUAUCUUUUCCUUCCAAUUUCUUCUCAAGGAGGGAUAUUUGGAUCAAGAAGGUAUGCCUUUAGGGUAUGCUGGACUUGUCAGUCAUCUUCACUAUCAUGAACCUUCAAAUUUUGUCCUGGUUGACUUUCUCACUAAAGGCUUACUCCACAAAUUAUGCCAGCCAGUUACUAAAGGUUCAGCUAUUUUUUCUGAGGAUGUAAUGCAAACAUUAGUGCUGGUGCUUGCACACCUCUUUGGAAGGAGACAUCUACCACCCUUUCUCACAAAAUUUAAGAAAACAUUUGUCCAGUCAAAGGUGUUUCUGGAGGAUCUUCCUGAGGAAUUUGCUGCUGCAGUGAAAGCGUAUAACAGUAAAAUAGAAAACAACUUUGGUUGCUUUCUUCUCAGUGCUGCCAAACUGGCUGACAUGGAACAAGAAUAUCACCUUCCGUUGUCAAACUUAGAUUUUUCAGAUACAGAACAGCUUGAGUCUCAGCUUGCAUCUCACCUCAUGAACUGCAGUGAAGAAAGGACAGCUGUUUCACCCUUUGUGUGCCUUUCAGGAAAUACAGAACUUGAUUUACUGAAUGCAAGGACUGUCAACAGUGUCCUAUUGCGUACAAUAGGUAUUACAGCUGCAAACAUUCCACUGUUCUGUUCAGAGAAGUAUGAUAAUCAAGGAAGAAUUAUGCCACUUAAUGCAUAUGUGCUUGAUUUCUACAAACAUGGAUCUUUAAAAGCAAUGGCACAGGAUAACAGCCUGCAUGGAGACGCUUACUAUUUGCUGAGAGACUUUGCCCUUGCUGUUAAAGCAAUCAGUGUUUCUUUGCGCGAACUUUGUGACAACGAGGAUGAUAAUGUUGUACAAGCAUUUGAACAACUAAGUAAAGAAUACUGGAACAAAUUGGACAAAGUAUAAAGGAAAAGGCUUGCUCUGUUGAACAUGUCCAUAUAGAAAGGCCAAGGGACUAAAUUACUAGCUGUGGUAAUAGUAGAUUACUUCUGCCUAAAGGACAGAUCUUAAUCUUUGUACUUUAUCUUUUAAUUUUUGUAUUUUAUUCUAAUCUUUGUAACUUGUGUCAUUAAAAGUUAUCUGUAUCUACUGCCUAAAGGACCAGUGGCUGUCCUUUCUUGUAAGUGGAAAUAAAUCAAAGCACUACAACUCAUCACUGUUAUAAUGCCAAUAAAAGGUAUUUGGAUUCAGACUCA